CCCAAGAAACCUGACUCUCCAAAACUAACCCAAAUCCCCCAGUUCCCCCAAGAACUAACCAAAAAUUCCCCUCCCCCUCUUUAGCUGCUGCACCCCCAGACCCACCCCCAAAAUGUCCUACUCCAGCACCAGCACCCGCACCACCCCCAGCAGCAGCAGCGCUGGCGCCACCAUGCUGGACACGGAGAUGGCCGGCUACUUUCGAUGGCGGCCGUUCCUGGACGCCUGGCCGAGCAAGAGCAUCCUCCGGCUGGUCGUGCGGCGGGCCCGCGAGACCACCACCGCGCUGCACUCGGAGGACGGCUGGGCGCGGGCCAGGACCGAGCUCCUCCUCCGCAUGCGCCUGCUGCGCGACCGCUACCCCUACCCCGAGGCGCGGCGCUUCGGCGGCGUCAUCUUCUGGGACGACCGCAUGCGGUUCUACAGAGAGCUGCUGGAGCGGGAUUACUUCUCCUUUGAAGCUCCGCCGCCGCCGCCGGGGGGUGGUGGCCAGCAGGUGAACGGCCAGGUGGACGCCGACGCCGACGCCGACACCCGCGGCUUGGAGAUGGCGGACUGCGGCGAGGGCCAGGGCGACCCGACGCCUGAGGCGGUGCGCAUGGUCGAGGGGUGGUUGUGGAUGCUCGAGGAUAAUGAUCCCCAGGGCGGGGUGUGGGGGCUGUUGAUGGAUCGGGUGGAGGUUUGAUUUCCUGGGUCUCCUUGCCCCUUCCUUACCUUACUGUUGAGGUCAGGUGUCUAGUAGAGUAGACUUUGGAGGCUUGUAUCCCGGUCGUUGGGUAUGGGUGGAUAGUGACUAGGUAGCUCGUGUUUCGGGAUGCCUUGGGCUGUCUUGAUGGUUACCUUCCUAAUCUCCCUCGUUUUCGUGGGGAGUUCUAAUGUAAGUUUGGAAAAAUCAAAAAAAUAUGUCUGUCGCUGGAGAUGGAAGAUUCUUCAGUAAUGUAUAGUUUGAGACUGGUUUUUGCAUCGGUCUGCUUUGGAUUGAGUAUAUAUGUUUUUUUGUUGUAGGUUGCUUUCUGUAGGGUUUGCCUUCGGGGCCCUAUACAAGGGGUGGUGGUAUACGAGAAAGGUGGUUAGCCCUAGUUUUUUCGGACUCCGGCUUCAAGCUUUGGUGUAGUUAGUAUUCUAUCAGCACA